AUGAUGAAUAGAAUUAACUUUAUCAUUUUAUAAUAUUGUAUAUAAUUAUGGUCUAAUUAAACACAAUUAUGUUUAAUAAGAGAUUGCUAUUUUGAUUCACUUUCUUCUUCAUAUUAAGAUAUGAAAUUUUCUAGACAUUAAUUAUAAUCUUAAUGUUAAUAUGGAGUACAACAAUAGAUCCUUAUUUAAAUAAUGUUAUUCGGUGUUAAUGGUUAAGUUUAAGUGGAAUGUGUUAAAAUGGAAAUCCUGAUGAAUAUACUGCUAGUUGAUGUUAUAUUUAUUGUGCAAGAACUUAUCAUAGAAGUAGUAGUAAAUCUAAUAUAAGAUAAUGGCUAGUAUGUUAGAGCUAAAUGUUAUCAAUAAUUAUUGGAUUUAUAAUGA